UGGCAAGCAUCCUACUAUUGCGAAGCCUCUAGUGCCUAUUGAUGAGGAUUUUAAGGGUCUCAAGUUAAAGGAAGGAGAUUCUGAUGAUCAGGGAAAAAUUGCCUCAAAAGCAUCUGUUGAUGUUGGUCCCACAUGCAACCCAGGGAUUUUAGAUCCAAAGUUGUCAACUGAUGAAAAGCCUGUAUCUGUGGUGGAACAACCAAGGAAGAGGAAGGAAAAAACCAAACAUAUUUCUGUUACACCUGCUGUUAAAGAACCAAAGAAGCGUGGUCCUUCCAAGAAGAAACCCAGUGCAGCAGACGUUGAAAAGGAGAAGACUGGGGAUAAAGAAUGCAAAAUACCUGGAUGUUUCUUUCGUGAUCUUGAGAAAUCAAAACGAUAUUCUGGAAAGAAUUUCAAGCGAAAUAGAGAUGAACUGGUUCAGAAGAUCUACAACCUGUUGAACAUCUCUGUCUUUGAUAAAAAGCUGCCAGAGAAAAUAGACAUUGGCUGGAAUAAAAAGAUGCUGAGAACUGCUGGCUUAUGCACCACUGGUGAGAAACGUCACCCAAAGAAGGAGCGCUAUGCCAAGAUCCAGAUUUCUGUGAAAGUCUGCGACUCCGCAGACCGUCUCCGGGAUACUUUGAUCCAUGAAAUAUGCCACGCAGCCUCCUGGCUGAUUGAUGGUGUCCGUGAUUCUCAUGGUGAUGCAUGGAAGUAUUAUGCCCAAAAAUCCAACAGGAUACACCCGGAGCUGCCAGCAGUCACCCGUUGCCAUAACUAUACAAUUAACUACAGGAUUCAAUAUGAAUGUACUCGAUGCAAAACCAGGGUAGGCCGCUACACCAGAUCAUUGAAUACUGACCGCUUCAUCUGUGCCGUAUGUAAGGGGUCUCUGGUUGUGCUGCCUUUAACUCGGAAGGAUGGGACCCCCAUUGCGCCCCAUGUGAGACCAUUUGCCAAGUAUGUGCAGGAGAAUUAUAGAAUAAUUCUGAAGCAGACAGCAGGAAUUACCCAUGGGGAUGUGAUGAAAAAGCUUAGCGAGGAUUAUCGUGCCAAUAAACAAAAGAAAGCUCCUUAAGGUUAUCACAGUAUGAGCUGAAUCCUUUCCUGAUAAGAAGUUUUAGAAAAGCCUGUUUCUGUGAAGUUAUCAAUAUUAGAACUAAAGUACGUUUUUAGGUUCAUGUUAUUAAUGAUGAUUAUUCUUAACCAGUGGCUCUGUUGCUAACCAUCUUGUGCCUUUGACAGUACUCUAAAAAAGCCCUUAGGGUCUACCUUGACUUUUACUGUGACAUCAUAGUUUUAACAUGUAGAACUGAAUACAAAAGAAAAAUAAGUUUAAGAAUGGUGGGUUAAGAGAAUGAGGAUAAUUCUGGAAAAAGAACAAGUUUUGAAAGCAACGCUUCAAAACCAGGGGUACCGUCUGAUGUAAUCUAUCAUAUCAACCUAGACAGAAAAGACAAAUGUGUUUCAGGAAUUUACUUGCUAAUAACAUUGAGUGAAACCAUCUGAGCCAUGUAAUUGUUCAU